GGCCAGCGCUAAGCGCGCGCCGUACGGGAGGGAACGGUGACGGACGCCACCGCAGCCCUUGUCCCCUGCCCAGCUCCGCUCUCUCUGUCUGGCCCCGUUCGCCCAGCCCGGAGGGAGGCCCAGGGACCGCUGCUGAGAGCGUGGCGGGCGUGCGAACUCCGCCCAAUCCCGAGGGCUUCCCAUGGGAGUGACGGCGGCUACGGCCAAUCAGCACCGCUCGAGGGGGCUGGGCCCUGAGGAGAAUAAAAGCAGCCCCAUUGAUGACUGAAAAUGACAAAGCAUCCACCUAACAGAAGAGGAAUCAGCUUUGAAGUGGGAGCCCAGUUGGAAGCCCGGGACCGUUUAAAAAACUGGUAUCCAGCUCACAUAGAAGACAUUGACUACGAAGAAGGAAAAGUACUCAUCCAUUUCAAGCGUUGGAACCAUCGUUAUGAUGAGUGGUUUUGCUGGGACAGUCCUUAUUUACGCCCUUUAGAGAAAAUACAGCUGAGGAAAGAGGGUUUACAUGAAGAGGAUGGAUCUUCUGAAUUUCAGAUAAACGAGCAGGUCCUUGCUUGCUGGUCUGAUUGUCGUUUUUAUCCAGCCAGAGUCACUGCUGUUAACAAGGAUGGUACUUACACUGUGAAAUUUUAUGAUGGAGUAGUUCAGACUGUCAAACAUAUUCAUAUCAAAGCUUUUUCCAAAGAUCAGAAUAUUGUGGGUAAUGCUAGGCCUAAAGAAACAGAUCACAAAACUCUUUCAUCAUCUCCUGAUAAACGAGAGAAGUUUAAAGAGCAGCGAAAAGCCACAGUCAAUGUGAAGAAAGACAAAGAAGAUAAAGCCUUAAAGACAGAAAAGAGACCCAAGCAGCCUGACAAAGAAGGAAAGUUAAUCUGUUCUGAAAAAGGAAAGGUGUCUGAGAAAAACCUUCCCAAGAACGAGAAGGAAGAUAAGGAGAACAUUUCAGAGAAUGACAGGGAGUACUCUGGAGACACUCAAGUGGACAAGAAACCAGAAAAUGACAUUGUGAAGAGCCCUCAAGAGAACUUGAGGGAGCCAAAAAGAAAACGAGGCAGACCCCCUUCCAUAGCUCCUACUGCUGUGGAUUCAAACUCUCAGACAUUACAACCAAUAACAUUGGAACUGAGAAGACGGAAAAUAUCAAAGGGAAAUAACAUUCCAUUAAAACGUCCUCGACUUGACAAAAAUUCAUGUCAUUUGAAAUCACCUUUGGAAGCUGGCCAGGUCUCAUCUACGCUAACUUGCCACUCCUUUGGGGAUGGAUUAGGGUCUGCAGGUUUGGAGUUGAACUGCAAGUCAAUGGGAGAAAACACUAUGAAAACAGAACCAGCAUCUCCUCUUGCUGAAUUAAAAGGGAUUUCGACUGUGGAAGUACCCAGUACUUUUAAGAAAACAGAUGAUUUUGUAACAUCUAAUGUGCCAGCUGUUGACCUGGACCACAAAUUUAGAUGCAAGGUUGUGGACUGUUUAAAAUUUUUUCGCAAAGCUAAACUGCUACACUAUCACAUGAAGUAUUUCCAUGGGAUGGAGAAGUCACCAGAGCCAGAGGACAGCCCAGGGAAGAGACAUGUCCAAACAAGGGGCUCUUCAGCUUCUGACAAGGCCAGCCAGGAGAGUGUGACCAGGAAGCGUGUCUCCACCAGUUCUCCAACUGCAAAAGACAAAGAAAAGAAUAAAGAGAAAAAGUUCAAAGAGUUUGUGAGAGUGAAACCAAAGAAGAAGAAGAAAAAGAAAAAGAAAACCAAACCUGAAUGCCCCUGCAGUGAGGAGAUCAGUGACACUUCCCUAGAACCAUCGCCACCCAAGCCAUUUGCUGUCACCAGGUGUGGGUCCUCACACAAGCCUGUGGUCCAUAUGGGCCCACAGCUCCAUGGCUCAGAAUCUGGCAACUAUAAAGGGAAAUCAAAAGCAUCUGAGGAGGAUAAUUUGAGUGAGUCUUCUUCUGAGAGCUUCCUUUGGAGUGAUGAGGAGUAUGGUCAGGAUGUUGAUGUGACCACGAACCCAGAUGAGGAACUUGAUGGAGAGGACCACUAUGAUUUUGAGGUGGUUCGUUGCAUCUGUGAAGUCCAGGAGGAAAACGAUUUCAUGAUUCAGUGUGAAGAGUGCCAGUGCUGGCAGCAUGGGGUCUGCAUGGGAUUACUGGAAGAAAAUGUGCCUGAGAAAUACACCUGUUAUAUUUGCCAAGACCCACCAGGUCAGAGGCCUGGCUGUAAGUACUGGUAUGACAAGGAGUGGUUGAGCAGAGGACAUAUGCAUGGUCUAGCAUUUCUGGAAGAGAACUACUCCCAUCAGAAUGCAAAGAAGAUUGUGGCCACCCACCAGCUUCUUGGGGACGUGCAGCGAGUGAUUGAGGUUCUGCAUGGCUUACAGCUUAAGAUGAGCAUUUUGCAAAGCAGAGAGCAUCCUGACCUGCAGUUGUGGUGCCAACCUUGGAAACAGCACUCAGGGGAAGGGAGAGCUCAUUCCAAACAUGUCCAUGUCAUGGAUGCCAGGAGCAAGGAAGAAGCUCCCAGCUAUAGAACUCUGAAUGGGGCAGUGGAGAAGCCCCUGCCGCUGCCCCAGUCUGUGGAAGAGUCCUACAUCACUAGUGAGCACUGCUAUCAGAAGCCUCGGGCCUACUACCCUGCCAUGGAACAGAAGUUGGUGGUAGAGACACGUGGCUCUGCCCUUGAUGAUGCAGUCAACUCACUCUGUGAGAAUGAUGAUUCCCUCUCUCCUCGCCUGGGUUGGCCUCUGGACCAAGACAGGAGCAGAGGGGACAGCGACACCAAACCCAGUCCCCCAAAGGUGAGGGACUAUGUCUCCAAAAAGGUCCUACCAGAGGAAGCCCCUGCUCAGAAGCUGCUAGACAGAGGUGGAGAGGGGUUGGUGAGCACCCAGCAUCAGUGGCAGUUUAACCUGCUGACACAUGUGGAAUCUCUUCAGGAUGAAGUCACACACAGGAUGGACUCCAUUGAAAAGGAACUGGAUGUGCUGGAGAGCUGGCUGGAUUACACUGGGGAGCUGGAGCCCCCAGAGCCAUUGGCCAGGCUUCCACAGCUCAAGCAUUGCAUCAAGCAGCUGCUGAUGGACCUGGGCAAGGUUCAGCAGAUUGCUCUCUGCUGCUCCACAUGAAACUGGGCACCAAGGACUAAUGGGGGUACAAUCCUGGGGCACCAGAGGAAGAGCUUCACAUAUUUAAAUAAACCUAGCAUGCUGAAUGCACGUGACACCGACUGACUUCAGGGAUCUGGCUAGGAGUGUGAUGAACAUUGGACAAAGAGGCCAUUUUGGCUGCUGGAGGGCAGGGCACUCUAAUCUGGAAUCUACCAAGAAGGUAGCAGAUAGACUCUUGGGAUUCCCUUCUUCCGUGCACAUCACUGAAUGAAGAGAGUCUUUUUGCACAAACUUCACUUGAAAUCGUGCCACUGAUGAUGACAAAUGGAAUGAGAGCCAAAAGAGUUUAGUUGGAAACAGUUGUAAAUUCAAUCUUCAGUUUAUUUAAUUGACUUUGCUGUCAGGUUGGAGACAUAUGCCAACAUUUCUUGUGUUGCCUGGCAUGUUUAGACAGCAGGCACCGUUUUCAUGGGAGUAUUGGGACUUCACCAUGCUGUGGAGGUUGGGAAGGAGCAGAGGCCUCAGCUGUCCUGCCUUUUCCUUAGGACGCUUCACUUUUCUCACAUCUCUUGCAUGACUUCAUGGUACCAGGGAUGAAUUUGCUAUGCUUUUCACCCAGAGCUGACAGGCUUGUGUUUUUUGCCAGAGUCCAUACAGCCAGUGGAGAACUAGAAUUCUACUGUAAUCAGAGUCUAGGAGAAAUUCCAAAUGGAAGUAGGCAGGGUCUGGAACCCAAAGGACAGCAUUUUCUACCCAUUUCUUAAUGUUGACAGCUUCCCAGUUCUAUUUAAAGUCCAAAAAAAUGUUUCCCAAAAGUUUGAAUUCUUUCACUGUAACGAUUUAUUGCAAAGAAUGUGGUUUGGGGAAUUAUUUUAUUUUAUAUUGUCAACAAACUUCAGAUUGUGUGCCGCUUUUCUCCUUCCCUGAAGGGUAUGUUCACUAGUUGGCAUUUUGAGAAUUGUUAAUAUACUUAACACUUUGAAGUUCCUAUUUGUAUUACUUUGUGAGAUCAAGGUGAUUAUGCUGCUUAAGGUCCAGGUACAACCUGUUUGUACCUUUUGAGACAUUUAUUUUUGCAGGUUACGGUUCCAUGUAUAAUUGCUAUGUUUUAUUUUGUGUUCCCUUACUAUACAAAUUUAAAGAAAAUGUCCCAUGCUUUUAACCAGUUCACAUUUUCUUAUCACUAAAGGCAAAAGUCAAAGCAUAGUUGUCUAUUAACACUCACGAGUUAAUUACGGGUUUAUGAAUCUAAUGUUAUUUGCUGCAAAUAUUAUGUGAACAUGAAGUAGCUAGUGUUUCUAUAGCAAUGAUAGUAUCUCCAGUGAUCUUUAAAAUGGUUAAGCUUUAAGGCACAGGGCAUUGUGAUCAUGAAUUCAGACCUCUGUACUAAGAUGUUGCAAGAAGUGCUGUCCAGUGAUUUGCCAUUUGAUAUAAAAUGAAUUAUAGGACACAUUUGACCUGUGAUGCUUAUCCAUCAGAGGAAAUACAUGCAGCUAUAACAUUUAGUGAAACUGACCCAAUUCCUCUACUAGAGGCUGUUUGCCAUUGCUAACAUUGGUGUCUCUGGUAUAGGAAUACUCAAGUAUGUAUGGCAUCGAUCUAUGCUCUAGAUAAUUUACGACAGCUACAUCAUAAGAAAUGUGUGAUGCUUUUCUGAAAAGGGAAAAAGCACAGGAUGAUUUUCUAUACCCACAACUGUGAGGUAUGAUGACUAUUUUAUUGUUUUCUGAAAUUACAUUUGAGUGUCACAUCUAGGGAAGUUGUAACUUUUAAGGCAAUUAAUUUCAUAUAUUUAGGAGGAAAACAGAAACACCCUAAUUUUGCCAAAUGGUUCUUACUGGGUUUGUCAUUUGGGUUUUACAAAGAAAAUAAUCCUGUUUGAAUCAUUUUGACUUUUGUUUUUAAGGAAGCAGGGAGACUCCCCAAGUUCUGAUAACCUCAGUGUGUUUCCCUAAUUUAAAGCCAUGUUGAGGGGCUCCAUUCCCAGUUUCUGGGUCAAGGUGAAUUAACCCCAAGUUGGAGCACUGGAAACUGUUAUUUGCAAAAAUUGCUGAUAUCAUUUAGAAAUAUGUGCACUACCUAAGUUUUUUGUUGAGAAAAACUAUCCACCUAUAAAAAAUUGCCUUGACAAGAAGUUCUGGUUUGACUAAUCAUUUUGCUUAAAAUAAGUAAGGAGUAUGCAAGGUGGAUCCCUGAUGAGCCAACAUUGCACUGUGGAUACAUAUCUAUGUUUAUGUGCUAUUAGAACAGAAGGUGCUGUAUAUAGAAAUGUUGCUUUGAAGCAAUAUUUGCAAAAUACACAGACUUCUGUAUCUGUAUUUGGAAAAAAUAAAACAAGUUCUUUA